CAUUCUUGAUACCUCCACUCUCUCUCUGUCUCUCCUCCUCCUAUGGCGGCGUUCACAGUCCGCCGAUCAAUCUCGCUCGUCGCGCUGCUCCUCCUCCUCCUCCUCGUCAUCAUCCUCACUUUUCCGACGGGCGCGGCGGCGAUCUCAUCCCGCGAGUACGAAGCGAUGCAGCGCGUGCUCCGCAACCGCGGCUACAACUUGAUUUGCAACGCCAUGGCCACCUCCGACCUCCAGUACGAGAUCCUCACGCUCCCUCCCAACUCCUCCUUCACCAUCUUCGCCCCCACCGACGCCUCCCUCUUCGCCCUCGACAUGAUCCAAGCGGCGUCGUCCUACACCGACACGCUCCGCCUCCACUUCGUCCCUCUCCGCCUCCGCUCCAUCUCCUCCGGAUCCAUCCUCCCCACUCUCCUCCCCUACAGCGCUCUCCGCCUCUCCACCGACCCCCUCGCAGUCGCCGGAGUCGACAUCACUCUCCCCAGCCUCUUCUAUUCCCGCCGCGUCGCCGUCCACGGCCUCUCCGGCAUCGUCAGCGCCAGCUCUGCCUUUUCCUACGGACAUCGUCAGGCUAGUGCUCCAGUCAUAAGCGGCAGCGCCGAUGAGGUCGCUCCCUUGAAAACCUUGUCCAACCGCACAGAUCUCUCUCCGGCGGAGUCCGAAGCCAUGGCGCCUUCGACUGCUGACUCCAACCUUGCUCCCGGCGCCGGUCUUUCUCCAGCUGGAGCCGAGUCUCCGGUGACCGCUGGACUGCCAUCUCCGACUGCAAGCCACAAAUUCUCAUCGCCGGUGACUUCUGGACCUACAUCUCCGACUGCAAAUCACUACAUCUCGCCGGCUUCCGAUCAGGCUCCCUCGGCAUAUCCGCCGUCCGCAAAUUCCGUAGCGGAGAGAGCGAGGGCUUUGCUGUUGGAGAUUACCGACGGUGCUGAAACUCCGGAGAAGUUGGAGCUGCUGACGGAAGCGGAAGCGAUUGAUAAGGUGAGGAAAUGUGGAUCGUUGGAUGAGAUGACCAUUGACUGCUUUGUGGAUGAUGAAGACGGGGAUGGACUCGAACAGCUCAGCCUUCAGCAUCUGCUUCGAGCCAUGGCUUGAAACGCUGCGUUCCAUCAACUUCUUGGUAAAAUCUUGAACCAAUUUUACCUUCAAGUUUGUUAGUCUUGGGUCAAGAUUAUGAUUCUGUAUGCUAUACGGUACUGUAGCCUUA